GGCAUGGCUUGCACCAGGAGAACCAAAACUUUGGUGUCCACAUGCGUGAUCCUGAGCGGCAUGACCAACAUCCUCUGCCUGCUGUACGUCGGCUGGGUCACCAACUACCUCGCCAGCGUGCACGUUCGAGUCCCGCUGCCCGUCGCCGAGACUAAGUUCGAGACUGACAACACGCUCCGGAUCAUAGAGAGACUGGACCGACUGGAGACCGUGGUGAACCAGCACAUACAAGAGACUCCGGGGAAGGAUGAAGAAGAUGAGGGGGACUCGUCAUUCUCUGACUCCUCACUGUUUGCUCACUGGGGCCAGGACAUGACUCCAGAGAACCGGAGGGUGGCCCUGAAGAUGUUCCAGUACUAUGGCUAUAACAGCUACCUCAGUGACCGUCUGUCAUUGGACCGGGCCUUACCAGACCUUAGGCCUGAUGGGUGCAGAAACAUCACAUAUCCUUCAAACCUCCCUCAAGUUAGCAUCGUGUUCAUCUUUGUGAACGAGGCCUUGUCCGUCAUCCUGCGGUCCAUUCACUCCGCCAUCAACAGGACGCCUUCCCAUCUCCUCAAAGAGAUAAUCCUGGUUGACGACAACAGCAACAACGAGGAGCUGAAGGAGAAGCUACUGGAUUUCGUCUCGGAGACGAACAGCCGGCGUCCGGGUUUCAUUAAGUUGGUGCGUCAUGCGAAGCAGGAGGGGCUGAUCCGCUCCAGAGUCAGUGGGUGGAGGGCCGCCUCUGCGCCGGUCGUGGCCUUGUUUGAUGCCCACGUGGAGUUCAACAUAGGCUGGGCCGAACCUGUUCUCCUGCAAAUUCAGGAGGAUCGGACUCGGAUCAUCUCUCCGUCAUUUGACAACAUCAAGUAUGACACGUUUGAGAUUGAGGAAUAUCCACUGUCUGCACAGGGAUUUGAUUGGGAGCUUUGGUGUCGCUACCUCAACCCACCAAAAACCUGGUGGCACAAAGGAAGCAACAGCGCCCCCAUCAGGAGUCCUGCCCUCAUCGGCUGUUUCGUGGUGGACAGGCUUUACUUUGAGGAGAUCGGUCUUCUGGAUGAAGGGAUGGAGGUUUACGGAGGAGAGAAUGUGGAGCUGGGCGUCAGGGUGUGGCAGUGUGGCGGCAGCGUCGAGGUCCUUCCAUGUGCCCGCAUCGCCCAUAUAGAGCGUGCCCAUAAGCCCUACACGGAGGAUUUAACCUCCCAUGUGCGAAGGAACGCCCUCCGAGUGGCAGAGGUCUGGAUGGAUGAGUUUAAAAGCCACGUCUACAUGGCCUGGAACAUUCCUCAGGAGGACUCCGGGAUAGAUAUUGGGGAUAUCUCUGAGAGAAAGGCGCUGAGGAAGAGGCUGCAGUGCAAGACCUUCCGGUGGUACCUGGUUAACAUCUACCCGGAGAUGAGGAUGUACACCGACACUGUGGCAUACGGAGUGCUGAAAAAUUCCCUGAAGAAUGACCUUUGUCUGGACCAGGGCCCUGAAACAGACAACGUCCCCAUCCUGUACCUCUGUCAUGGAAUGACGCCUCAGAACGUGUACUACACCAGUACUCAGCAGCUACAUGUCGGGGUCCUCAGUCCCACCAUCGAUGAUGACGACAACAAGUGCCUGGUGGACGUCAACAGCCGACCACGUCUCAUGGAAUGCAGCUACGCCUCCGCCAAACGCAUGAAACUCCACUGGCUCUUCACUCAGGGAGGAUCCAUUCAGAACAGGAAGUCAAAGCGAUGCCUGGAGCUCGUGGCGAGCAAGGAUGAUGAGUUUGGAUUCCACCUCACUCUGCAGAAGUGCAGCGGACAGAAGUGGUCCAUCACCAACAUCCUGCUCAGCAGCGCCUUAUGA